AUGGUCAACAAACCAUCUAAAGCAUGGGUAACUUUAAUUACAAAAGGCUCUUAUAUUAAGGGUGGUAUUUGUUUAGCACGUUCACUUAAAAAAGUCAAUUCAAAAUAUCCAUUAGUUGUAAUGCAUACAAAAAAUGUGAAUGAGGAAGGGUUAUCAACAUUUGAAACGGAAUGGAAAAUAUUAAUCAAAGAAGGAUGUAUUCUUAGACCAGUUGAAAAAGUCAAUCCAACAACAGAACCUAGUAAAUAUAUAAAAACGUAUUAUGCUGAUGUUUGGACUAAAUUUCGUGUUUGGGAAUUAACUGAAUUUGAAAGAGUGGUUUUUCUUGAUGCUGAUAUGCUAGUUAUUGGAAAUAUCGAUGUUUUGAUGGAAAAAGAUUUAAAAGACAACAAAUCUAUUGCCGCUAGUCAUGCCUGUACUUGUAAUCCAAACAAAAUACCAGGUUAUCCUGAAAAUUGGAUUCCUAAAAAUUGCGCAUAUACAUACGGACCAUUUAAACCGGAAUCAGCCAAUAAUCCGCCAUCUACAAAUCAUAACGAUUAUUUCAAUUCAGGUUUAAUGGUAUUAAACCCUUCGAUUGACAUCUACAACAGCAUCAUAGAAUAUUUAGUAAACCAUAAUAAUAUUGAUUCAUUGAUAUUUCCUGAUCAAUCUUUACUUAAUGAAUUUUUUAAAGAUAAAUGGAUUCCAUUACCGUACAUUUACAAUGGUUUGAAAUUUCUUAGAAAUAUUCAUAGUGAGAUAUGGGAAGACUCAGCUGUUAAAAAUGUUCAUUAUAUUGUUGAUAAGCCAUGGUCAAUGGAUCACGAAAAACAAUCCAAAUUGUCCGAGUCAGAACGUGAUCCAAUGUUUUUUUUAAAUAAUUGGUGGUGGUUAGUUUACAAAGAAAUAUCACAUGAUAAUUCUAAUUUUGGAAGACUUGAGAUCGUUGAAUUUUACAUCACAUUUGAUUUUGUCACCUUUUGUCAUGUAGUUGAAAUGUUGGUUUCCAAAACCGCAUCAUUGAAUAUAGCAGAUUGA